GUAUCGCUAUUUGUAGCGAUGGCGCUAAAGCUAUGACUGGCAAAAAUAGCGGACUCAUUGCAAAAUUAAAAUCGAUAAUACCAAACAUAUCCUGGACACACUGUUCUCUUCAUCGACAGGCUCUAGCUGCUAAGGUAGUACCUUCCGCUUUAAAUGACGUGCUCAAGGAGGUAAUAAAAACUGUGAAUUCUAUCAAAGGUAAAGCUUUGCAAACCCGGCUAUUCAGAAUCGUUUGUGAAAAUAUGGGCUCGCUUCAUCAAAAUCUCCUUUAUCACACAGAGGUCAGGUGGCUAUCCAAGGGAAAGACUUUCACUCUGAAGCUGACAAUGGGCGUAGAUGGAUUUUAAAUCCCUUUUUGGACAAAUCAAUAGAUCUAGCUGAUGUCAACACAAAAAUGAAAGAAUGUCUUCUAGAAUUAGCUACUGAUGGCAUGCUUAAAAUGGAAUUUUAUUCGCAAAGUGUCGACGUAUUUUGGAUGAAAAUAAAACCAUUCGCCACUUCAUACUUGUGUGAACUGACAUUUUCUUCAUUGGUAGACAUUAAAACUAAAAAGAGAAAUGGACUGCAAUUAGAAAAUGAUUUAAUUAUUAAUGUUUCAAAAAUAA